GGUCGAGGACUGGAGUUGUCAGUUUUGGGGUGCCAUUGCACUGCGUGCUGGAGUUGUGACUGACUGCGCUCGAGCCGAACGGUGCCCGGGGGGAACUGUACGUCCACAGACUCUUGAUGAUCUGCCAUUGGACUCGAUGGAUUGGGGAGGCGUGGGUCGACGUUCACAAGGAAGAGAAUGUGGAUACGUCGAGGUUGAAACUCGAUGAGUGUUAUCCAACAAACGACGUCCUUCCAGCCUCCUCCCUGCGGAUAUAUAUCACCUUCACCGAUAUCUCUUCCCCCGGGAUACCCAGUUCGCUUCCCCGCGUUCGUGGAGGUGGGUCCGGGCCCUGGCCUUAUCGUCAACUCGCGAGCACAUGCCAAAUCUGGCAUGGCGGACCCUCGAAAGCCGGUGUCGGGGCAAGGUAGAGCGCGUUCCUCUUUCCGCGCGGACGCGCCUUUGCCGCGAUCGACU